UCAACUAAAAAGUGAGAUAGACACAGUGAGAGACUCGGCAGGGCUGCUGCUCAUUCAAAAUAGAGUCAGAGGGAGGGAACAGAGAGAGAGAGAGGGAGAGAGAAGGAGAGUCAGGGACAGGCAGUGCUGUAAAGGAGAGCACAAAGAGAAGGAAAGUGGAGCAGGGGAGGGGAACAGGAGGCUUGGUGGUGAAGGGAGAGGGAAAGACAAAAGAAGGAGAGGGGAGACAUCGCAGGGUGAACGGAGGGGACUGAGCAAAUGGCUACGGAGGACACGGCGGGGGGAGCCAGGAAAGCCACCAAGAGCAAACUGUUUGAGUUCCUGGUCCAUGGAGUGCGUCCUGGCAUGCCGUCUGGAGCGAGGAUGCCCCACCAGGGAGCUCCCAUGGGCCCCCCCGGCCCCCCGUACGGAGGCAGCCCGGCGGUGCGGCCCGGCCUGCCCACCCCCGUGAUGGAGCCCAGCCGUAAGAGGCCUGCUCCCUCCCAGCAGGUCCAGCAGCAGGCCGUCCAGGGUCGUGCCAGAAAGAAGCCAGUCGGAUUCCCCGGAGCCAAUGAGAUGCCGGCGAGGCAGAUGGACAUGAGAGAGCCCCAAUCAGAUCCCACGCUCGGAUCAAAUGCUAAGAGAAGGAAAAUGGCAGACAAGAUUCUUCCGCAAAGGAUCCGUGAGCUGGUGCCAGAAUCCCAGGCUUACAUGGAUCUGCUGGCGUUUGAGCGCAAACUGGACCAGACCAUAAUGCGCAAACGAGUGGACAUCCAGGAAGCACUGAAGAGACCAAUGAAGCAGCAGAAGCGUAAACUGAGGCUUUACAUAUCCAACACCUUCAACCCUGCAAGACCAGACGCUGAUGACUCAGACGGCAGCAUUGCAUCAUGGGAACUGAGAGUAGAGGGGAAGUUGCUGGAUGACCCGGGGAAGCAGAAAAAGAAGUUCUCCUCGUUUUUUAAGAGCCUGGUGAUCGAGCUGGACAAAGACCUGUACGGUCCUGACAACCACCUGGUUGAGUCAUUGUAUGGUGGCUCGCUUUUACAGUGGCACCGCACGGGCACCACGCAGGAGACGGACGGCUUCCAGGUGAAGAGGCCGGGGGACGUGAGCGUGCGCUGCACCCUGCUGCUGAUGCUGGACUACCAGCCCCCCCAGUUUAAGCUGGACCCUCGUCUGGCGCGCCUGCUGGGCAUCCACACUCAGACCCGCUCCUGUAUCAUCCAGGCGCUCUGGCAAUACGUCAAGACCAACAAGCUGCAGGACUCUCAUGACAAGGAGUACAUCAACUGUGACAAGUACUUCCAACAGAUCUUCGACUGCCCUCGGCUGAAGUUCUCUGAGAUCCCUCAACGCCUAACCAACCUCCUCUUGCCCCCAGACCCCAUCGUCAUCAACCAUGUGAUCAGCGUGGAUCCCAACGACCAGAAGAAGACGGCCUGCUACGACAUAGACGUGGAGGUGGAAGACCCUCUGAAGGGGCAGAUGAGCAGCUUCCUGCUCUCCACCGCCAACCAGCAGGAGAUCGCCACCCUGGACAACAAGAUCCAUGAGACCAUCGAGUCCAUCAACCAGCUGAAGAUCCAGAGGGACUUCAUGCUCAGUUUCUCCAGAGACCCCAAGGGCUACAUCCAGGACUGGCUCAAAUCCCAGAGCCGGGACCUUAAGUUAAUGACAGACGUGGUGGGGAAUCCUGAGGAGGAGAGGAGGGCGGAGUUUUACCACGAGCCCUGGUCCCAGGAGGCUGUCAGCCGCUAUUUCUACUGCAAGAUCCAGCAGAGGAGACAGGAGCUGGAAACGGCCUUAGCUGUCCGUAACACCUAAAACAAGGCCCUCCUGAAUCACCCCCACUGAUUUCCUGUGUGUUUGGAGGCCAUCGCUGUAGUUUGGUGAAACUUCAUAAACGGUCAUAAAAGAAAAUGCAAUUUCUGAGGUUUCCCAAAGUUUAAAAAUGAAGUGAAAUGAGGGCGAGUUUUUCUCACGGCGGACGCGAUGGAAGCCCUGAUGCACAUAUUUGUCCCGUUUUGUGCAGCACUGUGAAGGCAUCAUCAUUUCCCGCAUGUGUUCAGCUGCGCCCGCAAAGGUCAAGCCCCUCAGACCACAAGCAUCCAAAACUAAAGCCCCCUACUCUCCGCUUCUUUAAAUACGUCACACACACGUCGAGAAAAACUCUGACCGGCUGCAAACACACCGCCAUGUUUUUGGAUCUCAAAACAAACACGAUGUGACUCUUCGCUCUUGAUGGGUCUUCAUAUUUUAUGUUCCCCAAGGUUUCCUGUAACUGAUUUAUUGUUUGAUUCUAAGUGUGUGUUUUUGUUUCUGAAAGAUUGAUUUAUGACACCAGCAAAGUGGAGAUUACAAGUGUGACACAUAGGGAAUCAAUUCUAUCUAGAAACCUGAGAUUUAAUUCACUUUCAGGUUGGAGUGAAUCAAAUGGAAAUGUGUCUCAUUUAAAGGUAGGGUAGGUAAGAAUGGAGAAACCAGCUCGAGUGCGCUAGAA